AUGGGUGGGGAUACUGAUUUCUUUAUCAAUAACUGCGAUGUUACUGAAGCCCUGGUCAAUUCUACAAUACACAAUUGCGUGAAGACAUUUGGCGAGGAAGCUACAUCCAGUAUUGGUUAUGUUCCGGAACUAUAUCAUCUUGAUGGCGUACCGAUACGUUAUGGAACUACGUACGAUGCUGCAAGCAAUAUUAUUUUCACAAACGGCAAUUUGGAUCCAUGGUCAGGUGGUGGUGUCUAUGAAGAUUCACCGGGAAUCAAACAAGCAAUGAAAAAUGGGGUUUAUACUUUCAACAUCAAAGAUGCGGCUCACCACCUUGAUCUGCGAACACCUAAUUCGUGCGAUCCACCAUCGGUCACCAGCGCCCGCUCCCAGGUACCAAAUUUUCCAGUGUAUACUUGA